GGUGCCACGCCGCUUCCACGCGUCGCCUCGCGGGCUGCGGGGCGCGCAGAAGGGGGCGGACGGGCCGAAGACCCUCCCCAGCCCGCAGCAAGGCAGACGGCUCCUUCCGCCCCGUCGUGCGGACAAUGCACGGAGCCCAGCCUGGCUUUUAGCGCCCGGGAGCCAGCCGUCCGCCGCCGCCGCAGCAUGGUCCAGCAGAGGAGCAUGAGGAGCCGCGCCGAGUCCAAGAGGGAGGUGUGUCCCCAGCUGGCCGCCAAAGACUCGCUGCUCCUGAAGGAUGCCGGCGCCAAGGGCGAGCCUGCCUGGUGCAAGACGCCCAGCGGACACAUCAAGCGGCCCAUGAACGCCUUCAUGGUGUGGUCGCAGCACGAGAGGCGGAAGAUCAUGGACCAGUGGCCGGACAUGCACAAUGCCGAGAUCUCCAAGCGCCUGGGCAGGAGGUGGCAGCUGCUGCAGGACUCGGAGAAGAUCCCCUUCGUCAAGGAGGCGGAGCGCCUGCGGCUCAAGCACAUGGCCGACUACCCCGACUACAAGUACCGGCCCAGGAAAAAGGGCAAACUAGGGGCCAGCAAGGCCCGGCCGAGACUGCCCGUGAAGAUAAAACCCUCCGUCCUCAGCCGGGUGCCCUCCAGCAGAAGGCAGUCUGCCAAGGCAGACUCCGGCUGCCCGGUGGGAGAGGCCACGCUCAAGAUGGAAGAGGACCUCCUGGAGGGGCGGCUGUCGGACACGCCCUUCGAGGACCGCCCCAAGGCAGCCGGCAAGGAGUUCUGGCACCUGGUGCCCGCCGGGCGGGCGGCUGGGGAGAAAAGGAGCAAGAGGGGCGACUCCGCUGAGCCCCGCCAGGCGAAGGACCCCGAGACCCCUGCCGAGCCCUUCCCGGAGCAGGUGAGCUCCCCAGAGAGCGGGUCCCCCUCCCCGAUGUCCACCGCCUCCCCUCCGCCCUCCUCUGACGAAGAGCUGGAGGAAGAGUUCUUGGGUGUCCUGCCGGGGAAAGGCCAGCCGAGCCCGGCCUGCGGAGCCCUGGACUGGUCCGUCUUCGACAAAGACCUUGACCUCUUCCCCCUGGGGGUGGCCUCUCACUUUGAGUUCCCGGACUACUGCACCCCCGAGGUGAGGGAGAUGAUUGCCGGGGACUGGCUGAUGUCCAGCAUCUCAGACUUGGUCUUUACGUACUGAGUCCCGCGCCCGGCAGGUGACUCUUUUCCACAAUCAGGUCGUAUCAAAACCACAGGAAGGAAAACACAAAACCAGCUGUUUACAUGCAGGAAUCAGGUAUUUUGCCUUGAACGCAUUCAAAGGCAGACGCUCCCCUGCCCACCCCUCCCCCGCUGCACACACCCACCUCUCCCGGCGCUCGCAUGGGCGCCCCGGGACUGCAGCGCGGGGGCUGGGCUGGGUCCUCGCCUGGCGCUCCCCCAGCCUGGGGGGGAUGGGGGGGCCUCUAUCUUGCCAUGAAAUGUGACUGUCUAAUCAGGUUUUCAUUGUGAACCUCUUCUCCCGUCUCCCCUUCCCCCACCCCUGCUUCCAGCUGCUGCUCAGCUCUGCCGCCAUCCCUUCCUCCACUGCCGAGAGACCCUCCCCCACUCCAUCUCGCUUCUACCCCAUAUUUUUUCCUCCUGCCCUCUCUUGCUAGCAGAGGCCGCCUCCUCGCUCCUGGUGAAUUUUCAGGCACGGUUCCCGCCUCCCUCCCGCUCCUUUGCCUGCCCGGGUAGCGCCACUUCCCUCUGCGUCGAUUUCAGUGCAUUUCCAAACCGGCCUUCGUUUUUCCUGCUCUUCCUUCCGACAGCCCUUGGGAAGAGAGCCCCACCGGGUCCGUCCGUCCCUGGGCGCGGAGGGAUGUCAGGGAGCGUGCCCGACUCGUGCCGUCCCACCCUUCCGACACCCAGGGACUCAGGGGGGGGGGGGGGACAAGCCGCCGUCCCUGCCCGGUUGCAACAGCGCGCACGCGCUCCCCGCACCUCACUUUGGGAAAGAGCGAAGUUGCACGCACG